AUGGUAUUCACGUCCUAUUUCAACCGAACGCUACCGAAUACCGGAUGCCGCACAGGAUCAGGACCAGGACAUUCGCUCAACGGUAGCGUUCCGCAAUAUGUGAUACGGUAUACCAUUUCCUGUACAUUGUGUGGGACUACGAAAUUGGAUCCCCCUGGCCCGGAGACCGUUGCGCGCCGUCGUGCGCUACCGGGGCGGGGGGCGCUCCCACGGCCUGAGGCCACUAGGACACCGCGACCCAGGAACGAGACCGUGGACAAUGGGAGACCGACAGUUCCCUUUACUGUCAAACCCCCCUCCCCCCGUUCCCGAUUUCGGUUCCUUUGUUUCGUACAGCCGGAGCGCAACGACCACACGGGACGACCUAUCCAACCGACGGAAUCACUCAGUUCCAACCAACAAUCAUCGAUUGAUUUAUUCUUUCUCGCUGCUGCCAAUUCGUGUUACGGUGUGUUGAUUCGUUACCGACUCACCGUCUACGCGACUGGGGAUCGAUCCCAUUGGUGCUGCAGUCAACGAUUCCUUCGUUACGGACUCGGAAUUGAUUGCAUCCAGUCGUUGUUGGACUGUGAACCCCCACCUUCGUAUCGACAAGGCCCUCCUCCUCCCGGUCCCCCACCUCCUUCACGCUACGGACCCCCGCAGCCUCUUUCGUACGCCACUGCCGGAGGUCACCCCGGAACCAACGGAGGAUCGUACAACAUGCCACCGCCGCCUUCUGGAGGAUGGGACGGACGCUCACGCAACGCACCGUACGGGAGUCACUCGCACGGUCCUCCACCGCACGCUGCGUCACACUCGACUUGGGGAUCCCACGGUUCUCCACCGCCGGGCUAUUCCUCUCGAGGAGCUCCGCCACCGCCAUCCCACGGUAUUUCGGAUCGGUAUUACUCGUCUACGCAUCAUCCGCACCCAACGUCGCGGGGACACGGGAUGGGCCCAUCUUCAUCCAACAAUAGUCACGGUAUACACGAACACGAAGAAUCCUCACGAUCCUCCUAUCCCCACAAUUCUUGGAAUCCACACGGUCCGCCUCCAUCGGGAUCCUGGAGCCGCCACGGACCGCCGCCGCCGCAACAAUCACAAGCACAACCCCCACCGACAAACCCCUACGGUACUAGCAAUUACGGUCCACCACCACCACCGCAACACUUGUCGCACGGACCGCCAUCCUCUUCGUCUUCCCAACUCUACGGAUCACAAGGUGGAUGGAAUACGCGCUCCGGGUCGGCGGCAACACCCCCGCGCAGUGUUUACCGAGAAAUGGAUAUGUCCUACAUGACGAACAGUUCGGUAGCGGGAUCGACCGGACGAUCACCCAUGGAUGAUGACGGUGGCGAAUCUUCCGCUGGUGGCAGCAAUAGAGAUAAAGGAAGAGGCAGCUACAAGUGUGGAAGAUGUGGCGUGCCCAAAAAAGGCCAUUUGUGUCCCUAUCAGCCCAAGAUGAAAAAGCCGGCAUCCGGACCGCCACCCAAUAUGCGUAAUGCUGCCGUGCAAGUCGAAAUGGACGAGAUUCAGGGAUUUCCCGAGUCGUACGCUGCCGAGCCGUACAUGUCCGAACACAACAUGGUGGUUGGUGAGCCACACCCGAGUGCUACCAGUCCGGUUCCACCACCGCGUCGGCAGGCAUCACCGGAUCGGCACGGCCGCAUGAUGCCUGUGGAUCCCGCCUUGCAUACUGGUCACUCCAUAACGGCGCCAUUGGAUUCUUCUGUUCGCUCAGCAUCAAGCCGACGGGGGAGUCCCCCCGUGCGAUCGAAGUCCCCGGAUCGACCCGGCUCCAGUCCACGCAUGAGUCCUCUCUUGACCGUCGACACGGGAGUGGGCGACGGAUCACUCACCCCGGAUUUGGACCACGGCGGAGAAAUGUUGAUGGAGAACCCUAUGGAAACAAUGGAGGAAGAGAAAAAAGCGCGACGUUGUCCCCCGAGAAAGGGAGUCGGUAGCGUUGGUCACGGAUGCGGGAGUACAAUUUCCUGUUGGAGUUUGUGCGAAGAAACUCCUGCAGUCGUGCAAUCAAAAAGAAUCACGGGAGUUUGGGUUUUUGGGGGAAAACCUCGUCUACGACUGGGAGUCAUUCGUCGUGAACAACGAGCUCGUGUCACACCCCCGAGUGAUUCCAGCAAGACGUUUGAAUCCCGCAUGCCGUUCGUCGGAUAG